CAUUAACGUCUAGUAAUUAGAGAAUUUACUCUAUAAUGUUUACCUAUACCCUUUUAAAGUGAAUUGAUUUUCUUUUAUUUGAUUGGAAAAUUCUAAAAAUGUAUGCCAUUUAUGUAACUUAGUGCAAACAUAUCUGUUUACUACAGCGAGGCUACAAGUCUUGAUGGACAUUUCCACCUGCUUUGAUAGGUUAUGGAAAUGCCUUUGCUGCUCAGGAAGAGGGUGAUCAAGCAAUGUUGGAUUAUCGCACUGCUGCUCGUUUGUUUCCAGGGUUGAAUGUUGAUAUUCUCUCAUUCCAGAUACCAUUUACCAACUUUAUAUAUCGGGAUGGAACACAUGCGAACUCACAGCUUUAAGCUUGCUGAGGAGUUUUUUAUGCAGGCAAAGAUCACAUGCCCUUCAGAUCCACUUGUGUAUAAUGAACUUGGGGUUAUUGCUUAUGAUACGAAAGAAAUGUAUCACCAGGCAAUUUCCUGGUACAAGAGGGCACUGACAUUGUCAAAUAGAAGCUUGAACACCUAUGCAGGUCUUGCUUACACUUACCAUUUGCAGGAUAAUUUUGCUGCAGCCAUUUCAUAUUAUCAUAAGGCUUUAUGGUUGAAGCCAGAUGAUCAGUUUUGCACCGAAAUGUUAAGUUUUGGCCUUGUAGGUGAAGGGUGCCAUGGCGUAGGCUCCAAAAUCAAAAUUUGCUGAAUCAAGGCGGGUUUUGUCUGAAAGCUCCAUCUCCCAAGACUUGAUAGCAUUUUGCACUAAUUCUUCUAAGGAUCCUUUGGGCCACUCCUGCAAAAAUAACACUAUAUAAUAAGUUACAAUUUUACAGAGAUUGAUUAAUAUGGAAGAAUAAAGUAGAAAGAGAGAUGUAUGAGAGAAGGAUGAAGGUGGCAUAUAUGCACCUUAGUUCGGCCUUCUUCAAAGAGCUGAUUUACGCUGUCAUAGGAGGGAGGGCCGCCAUGUCUCCAUUGAAUUUUCUCUCCACCUUCAUCUUUCAGGAAGGACCUGUACUUAUCGGCCGUCCCAGCUACUGUGACUGGAGCAUCGUCACCUGUUGACAUAUUGUCAAGGAUAUUAAUGUUUCCUAUGUGAGAAAAGUAUAAACUCUUGAAGAGGUUUCAUGGGAAGAGUGUAAACUGGUGAAGAGGAUUUAUAGAGACUUUAAGGGAAAAAAACACAAAACCUUAUGACCCCAUAGGCCCCACACACAUAUGUAUUGAUAACACAUUUGUUAUUAAUUGAUAUAUGUAAUUUAAAGUCUUACGUAAAAUAGAUUAUAACAUCAA